AUGGCCGUUUCUUACAAGACCACGUUGAAAGAAGACAACGACCAGAAUUGGGAAGUAAUUCCUACCGAGGAUGGUGUUUCAUCAUACCGUGUAUACAAGCAGCCCAUUUUAAAAGGAUCUCUGGAUGACCGCGAAUAUCGCAUUAUUCGUCUUCACAAUGGUCUUGAAGCUGUGAUCGUUAGCGACAAACACGCAGACCAGUCCGCCGCUUGUAUGAAUGUUUCGACCGGAUAUUUCCGUGAUCCAGACAACAUGCUUGGUAUCGCUCAUUUUUGCGAGCACUUGAUGUUCUUGGGUUCAAAAGAACAUAAGCAAGAAAAUGCGUACAGACAGUACCUUAGCUUGCACAGCGGUCGUGGCAAUGCGAUGACAAGUGGUACUGACACCACUUUCUUCUUUCAUGUUGCUGCGGAUGCACUAGAGGGUGCACUUACUCUCUUCUCUGAGUUCUUCCACUGUCCACUCUUUCACGAAGACUCGGCACUGCGCGAAGUUGAGGCAGUCGAUUCGGAAUACACACAAGCUCUCCGAGAUGAUGCCUGGCGGUUAGCGUAUCUUAGCCGCUCCCUCGCACGUCCAGGUCAUCCGUUGCGAAAAUUUAACCACGGCAACAAAGCUACGUUAAUAGGGAAGUAUCUUGUAUCGGAGACAUCCCAUUCGCAGCAUAAGUCAGGUACGGACCGGCACAAUCACAGAUCGUCGGGUAGAAACCCUCGUACUGAGAACCAUGGCCAUGGUCGAGCAUCAAGUACAAGCUCUAUCCGGAGCUCAAAUGCAUCAACUCGAACGCAUUCGGAGACAAGACAUAAGGAUCGAAGCGCAGCAUCGUCCAAAACGUCUAGUAGAACGAGCGCUCAGAGUAACAGGAAGAAAGUAGAGAAAGAAGAAUCACAGAAGGCCGAGGAGGAAGCAGAGAAGGAAGCAGCGAAAAAGGCAAGGAAGAAGUUGAUUGAAUGGUGGGGGAAGGAAUACUCUGCGGACAGGAUGAGCUUGGCAGUAGUUGGGAGAGAACCUCUCGACGAGCUCACCCGCAUGGUUGUGCAGUAUUUCUCGCCCAUCAAAAAUACUGGACAAGACCCUACUCCGUUUAAGUCCAUGGUGCGGCCGUACGGGAAAGAAGAACUAUGUAAAACUGUCUAUGUGAAGACAAUCGAAGAAAAAUAUGAAAUUACUAUUUCCUUUCCGCUAGACUGUCAGGAUCCUUUCUGGCGAGAAAGUCCGACGCACUUCAUUAGCCACGUACUUGGCGAUGAAGGACCGGGUUCACUAGAUGCUUAUCUGAAAAGUAAAGGAUGGAUUCUGAACUCAACUGUUGGAUGUAAUAGCUCUUAUCGAGGAUGCAGUGUGUUUAACGUAUAUAUAAAGCUGACAGAGGACGGGUUCAAGAACCAGCGCGAGAUAAUAUUAACAUGCUUCAAGUUCAUUAAUCUAUUACGCAAAUCCACAUUUCCGGAGUGGAUGCAGGAAGAGCAGAAGAUAAUUCAGGAGCUGUCGUUCCGCUACGCAGAUAAAGGGUUUGCGCUGCCUCAUGCAUUAAACAUUGCGAAACGAUUAAUGAGAUUCGAGACUCCACGCGCUCUUCUUCUGCAGGGUCCCGUCCUGUUCUGGGAGUGGAAUGAGAAGUUUAUAAGCGAUACGCUGAAGGAACUAGACAUUGAGAAUUGCUAUGUUACUGUAUCUGCUAAGAAUCACGAUAACAUUCAUGGAGAAACAUGGCACAAGGAACGAUGGUGUGGAGCAGAGUACGUUAUGAAGCAGUUUGAACCCGACUUUAUUUCUGAGGCUCGCAAAGAUAAUGACAUUCGUGAAUUUACUUUACCAAACCCAAACCCAUUUCUUCCAGAGAACUUCGAUGUCCACAGACUACAUAUUACUGAACCGAAGAAACGACCCGCGCUUCUCGAGCGCACACCGCUUAUGGAAUUAUGGUACAAAAAAGACGAUCAGUUCUGGGUUCCGAAGGCUGAUGUGAAGAUUGCAGUACGAACACCUGCUGCUGCAGCUACCCCUCGCGCCUAUGCAUUGACGAAAUUGUUUGUACAACUUGUGAUGGCUGAACUCAAUGAAUAUUCCUACCAUGCCUGGGAGGCGGGUUUGGAUUACAGUCUAGAUGCCACCAUCUGUGGCUUCACAAUAACAGUGGGUGGCUACAAUGACAAACUACAUGUCCUUGCUGCAGCGGAAAAGCAAAAUCUAAAGAAUAUGCAGGAGAAACAACCGUUUCAUCAGUCGCAGCAUCACUUGCGCUACAUUAUAACUGACUAUAUAAAAUAUAGCACAGAAGAGCAAGAAGAAGCAUUGAAGGGUAUUACUGUGGACGAGCUAUCUAAGCAUGCAAAGUUACUAUUAUCACGGUUGACAUUUGCAAUUCUGGUCACUGGGAAUCUGAAGCGCGAGAAUGCUUUCAGUAUCGCAGCCAAGGUAAAAGAAACGUUAGAGGCUAAACCAGUCCCAGAAGACGAGCUUCCCAAGUUGUUAAUUUCAAUAGGAUGCAAUUAUGUCUUGGAUUUGCCUUUACACGACGAAAACGAAAAGAACUCAAGCGUACACUAUUAUUGUCACGUCGGCAAUGCCUCCGACCCACAUACCCACGUAUUAUGCUAUUUGCUUGCGCAAAUCUUGAAGGAGCCAACAUUUGAUGUUCUUCGAACGAAAGAGCAGCUUGGAUACAUAGUAGACUCAGCUGUCAUAGAGGAUUUGGAGACGAUUGGCUGGGACGUAGUGAUACAAUCUGAGAUGGAUCCAAGCUAUCUUGAAUCGCGCAUCGAAGCAUUCCUGAGGAGUAUGCGUAAGAUAAUCCAGAACAUGUCGGACGAAAAGAUUAAUAGUCAUAAGGAAUCACUUGGAAAGCUAUGGAAAGAAAAACCCAAGAUGAUUCGCCAGGAGACGGUAAACUUUUGGACUACUAUCAAUGACGGAUAUUAUGAUUUCCGACGAAAAGAGAAAGAUGUGAAACUCCUUCAGAGCAUAUCGUUGGCGGAGGUCCGUAUGAUGUUUAAAGAGCGCCUUGAUCCCUCAUCGAAGAUACGCUCAAAGCUCUCCAUCCACAUGCGUUCACAAAGGCCUUCUAAACCUCCCAAUGUCCCAGCUAAACCCAACGUUAGCAUGCAUGCUGCUCAAGAGUUCUUGAUUGCGCUAAAGAAAGAGGGUAUCUAUGUAGACGAAAAUGAGUACAAUCAGAAAUGUGAAGUGGAACUCACAAUGUCGGAAAUGCAUGAAUACUUAAAGGAAACUUGCCUGAAUAAAUUGGUGAAUAAUAACGAGAAAAGAAUACAGGAACUGUUUAGGAAGUUGGAAUCAUUUUUGGACAAGUAUCCCGUAAAGCCUGCUCUAGAAGUUGAACACAUAUCGGAUGGUGGCAAGUUCAAGCAGGGUCUUACUCUCUCUGGCGUUCCGAAACCUGUUGAGAAGUUUGACAAAGAAUAG